AUGCGCGCCGCCGACGCGUCGACGCGGAAGCGCGCGCGCGACGACGGCGACGCACGCGCGUCGUCGCCGUCGACGCGGGACGAGGACGCGUUGUGGAAUGAAAAGUUUGCGGCGUACUACGCCGAGCAGCGCGUGUGCGCGACGACGGCGGAUCACGCGGCGAUGAUGGCGGCGUUUCGUCGUCCGUUGCCGCUGACGUUUCGAUUGAACGCGUCGGCGGCGCUGGUGGGGUCGACGCUGCGGCGAUUGGAGGGAGAGGUGCUCCCGGCGUUGGGCGACGGGCGGGACGCGGCGGCGCCGAAGUGCGCGGAGUGGUAUCCGAAUCGACUGGCGUGGCAGAUCGAUCUGUCGCAGGGGAUGAGUUUGAAAACGAGCGACUCGGUCGCGGUGCGGGGGUUGCACGCGUUUUUGAAGACGGCGACGGAGACGGGGGCGCUCACGCGGCAGGAGUUGGUGUCGAUGAUACCGCCGUUGUUCUUAGACGUAGAGCCGGGGCAUUUGGUGAUGGAUAUGUGCGCCGCCCCGGGAUCGAAGACGUCGCAGUUAUUAGAGAUGUUACACGAGGCGUCGGGGCCGAGUGAGACCCCGCGGGGGGUGGUGGUGGCGAACGACGCGAGUCUGCAGCGGGCGAAUUUGUUGACGCAUCAGUGCAAGAGGAGCAACUCGCCCGCGCUCAUCGUGACCAAUCACCAGGCGCAAUUGUUUCCAAUCUUGCACGACGCGAAGGGUAAGAAAUUGAGGUUCGAUCGCAUCUUAGCCGACGUGCCUUGCAGCGGAGACGGGACGCUGAGAAAGUCACCAGAUUUGUGGAGGAAAUGGAACGCGAGCUCGGGGGUAGAUUUACACACCUUGCAGCUCGAGAUCGCCACGCACGCGUUGCGCUUGCUCGACGUCGGCGGACGAUUGGUCUACAGCACGUGUUCGCUCAAUCCUUUGGAGAACGAAGCCGUGGUCGCGGCGCUGUUGAAACGCGCCGGCGGCGCGGUGGAGCUCGUCGACGUCUCAAAGUCGCUCCCAAAGCUCAAGCGACGACCAGGGAUGAAGUUGUGGAAAGUGGGCGAUGUCUUCGGUUGGCACAACUCCUUCGAAGAAACGGGAACGAAGCGUCAGAAGACGAUCGCGAAGACUAUGUUCUGGGAGGCGUCCUAUGAGCAGUUCCCGCUCGAGCGAUGCGUGCGCAUUUUUCCACAUCUCGAUGACACGGGUGGAUUCUUCAUCACGGUGUUCGAAAAGAAGGGCGAGCUCCCGGCUGAGAUGGAGGCUACACCUGCAGUGGACGCCAACACGACGUACCGCAUGGAGCGCGCGAACGCAGAAUGGAACGAAAAGAAGCGUGUCGCGCCGGUGAUGCGCGUGCACGACGCCGAAAUCGUGAAAAAUAUCAAGAAACAUUUCGGCGUGAAGGAGGAUAAACAUUUAGAUUUAAGCUCGGGAUUGAUGACGCGUCAACACUCCGAUCUCGCGGGCGUCACCCCAAAGCGGCUGUAUUACCUCUCGCAGGGCGCGCGAGACGUAUUAACGGCACUAACGAAGAAUGGUAAAAACGCUGGAUUGCAAGUCGUCGCGUGCGGCGUUCGGGCGUUCGAGCGCCAGAUUGUCUCCAACGUCGAUUGUGCGUACAGGAUCACGCAAGAAGGCCUGGGUACCGUGCUCCCGCACCUGUCCAAACAAAUCGUGCGCGUUCGCGCGAGCGAACUCGAGACAAUUCUCGCCCGUCAGCAAGACGAAUCGACAGCGUCACGAUCAACGUCCCGAACGAGCUCGGACAACGUUCCGGAGGAGAUCACGCACGAGAAAUCUAUCAAAAACAUAAAUAAUGUGUCCGAUGGGUGCGUCAUCUUGGUCCCCAAGGCAAAGAGCCAGGAACAUGAGCGCGAGGCGUCGGCGCUCGCCGUCGCAUGUUGGCUCGGCAGAGGGGCGAGGGGGAAAUCGUUAUCGGUGUUGGCGAGCAAAACGAGCGGGGAGCAAUUGUUGUAUCAACUCCGUGACUGCAUUGCGCGCAAAACCGUUGGCUGA